GAAUCAACAGAAGGGAAAGAAGAAGAUAAGCAGUGGGAGAGACCGCUCUGGAACGAGGAAACAAUGGGGAUAAUGAUUCCUUCCCACAAUUCAUAAACCCAUACAAAAUCCCCACUAAUGGAGCUUGCCCUUCAAACCAUAUCCCCAGCUCUUCCCAACACCCACUUCCUCCUAUCUCUCCACCUAUCUCCUCUAUCCGCCUUCCCCUACAAUCUCCGCCGUCAAUUUCAAUUCCACGCUUUCUCCUCUUCCAGCGUUGCUUCUCCGUCGAAGCAAUUGCUGUUUUCUCACGGUGGAAACAGGUUCGAACAGGAACAAGUGGAAACAGACGAAGAGGAGGAGGAUGGUUACGGAACGCCUGCGAUUCUGUCGUUGAGCUCGAAGCCAGAUAGGAACAUGGCGAUGCUAGACGAUUAUGAGAUGGAGGAGCUUGGUUAUCUUGCUGAUCCUAACCAUCGCAGUGGAUAUAUAGCUGUUGUAGGCAAGCCAAAUGUUGGAAAAAGUACACUUUCAAAUCAGAUGAUUGGGCAAAAACUCUCCAUUGUUACAGAUAAGCCUCAAACAACAAGACAUCGAAUCCUUGGUAUAUGUUCUGCCCCAGAGUAUCAGAUGAUAUUAUAUGAUACACCUGGUGUUAUCGAGAAGAAGAUGCACAAAUUAGACACAAUGAUGAUGAAAAAUGUCCGUAGUGCUGCCAUUAAUGCAGACUGUGUAUUGGUAGUUGUUGAUGCAUGCAAAACACCCCAAAAUAUCAAUGAAAUGUUGCAAGAAGGAGUAGGAGAGCUUAAAGAAAAUGUGCCUGUGUUACUGGUUUUAAACAAGAGAGAUCUCAUUAAACCUGGUGAAAUGGCAAAGAAACUUGAGUGGUAUGAAAAAUCUACUGAUGUAGAUGAAGUGAUACCAGUGAGUGCCAAAUAUGGUCAUGGAAUUGAUGAUGUAAAGGAUUGGAUACUAUCCAAACUUCCAUUGGGACCCGCAUAUUAUCCCAAGGAUAUAACAAGUGAGCAUCCAGAAAGAUUCUUCAUAGGUGAAAUUGUUAGAGAAAAGAUCUUUAUGCAAUUCAGAAAUGAAGUUCCUUAUGCCUGUCAAGUGAAUGUAAUAAAUUACCAAACUAGACCUAAUGCAAAAGACUUCAUUCAAGUUGAAAUAGUUGUUGAGAAAAACACCCAAAAAAUCAUCCUCAUUGGGAAGGAUGGAAAGGCUCUAAAGCUUCUAGCAACAGCUUCUAGACUUGACAUUGAAGAUUUCUUGCAAAAAAAAGUUUUUUUGGAGGUGGAAGUGAAGGUGAAAGAGAAUUGGAGACAAGAUGAAGGGCUUUUGAGGUAUUAUGGAUAUGGGGGAAAAAUUCAAGCUUUGUGAUUGUAAACAUGACAUGAAACUAUUGUUGUAAUGAAGAUAGAAAAUUUUGAUCAUUAAGAUGUAGGAAAAUGAUAGUAUGGGCAAAUAUGUCUUUUUGAUUUCCUUCUUCCUGUGCUUGUAACUUGUAAGUGUAACUCAUUAUUGCAAAAUUUGUUAGGAUGGUAAAAUCACUCGCAGUAUUGUUUUCUAA